CAUGAUCAACCACAAUUGGAACUUAUUGUGCAAUCUGUAUUGUGCAUGGAGUGGUCAGGCAUCAAAAAAUAAAGAUGGAAAAGAACAAAGUGAAAUUGUAUCACCAUCUGAAGAUGAACCAUUUUCCUGGCCAGGUCCCAAGACAGUUUUAUUGAAGAGAACAUCUCAAGGCUUUGGUUUUACAUUAAGGCAUUUUAUUGUUUAUCCUCCAGAGUCUGCAAUUCAAUUUGCAUGUAAGGAUGAAGAAAAUGGAAACAGAGGAGGAAAACAAAGAAACCGCUUGGAACCUAUGGAUACCAUCUUCGUUAAGCAAGUUAAAGAAGGAGGACCUGCUUUUGAAGCUGGAUUGUGCACAGGUGACCGAAUUAUAAAAGUGAAUGGAGAAAGUGUUAUUGGAAAGACCUAUUCUCAAGUAAUUGCACUAAUUCAGAACAGUGAUACCACAUUGGAACUUAGUGUUAUGCCAAAAGAUGAAGACAUUCUCCAAGUGGCAUAUUCUCAAGAUGCCUACCUAAAAGGCAAUGAAGCCUACAGUGGCAAUGCCCGUAACAUACCUGAGCCUCCACCAGUUUGCUACCCCUGGCUGCCAUCUGCCCCUCCAGCCAUGGCACAACCAGUCGAAGUAUCUCCUCCAGACUCAUCAGUGAGCAAACAGCAAACCAGUACACCAGUCCUGACACAACCUGGCAGGGCCUAUAGAAUGGAAAUACAAGUGCCUCCAUCACCAACAGAUGUUGCAAAAUCAAACACAGCAGUGUGUGUUUGCAACGAAAGUAUAAGGACUGUCAUUGUGCCUUCUGAGAAGGCUGUAGACUUGUUAUCCAAUAGAAACAACCAUACAGGUCCUUCCCAUAGAACUGAAGAAGUGAGGUAUGGCGUAACUGAGCAGACCUCCUUAAAAUCAGCAUCCAGGACCACAUCACCAUCAUCAAUUCCUACUGCCCAUCUGAUUCAUCAGACUUCAGGCUCCAGAGCAUUGGAACCUUCUGGGAUGUUACUUAAAUCUGGACAUUCGGAAGGACUGUCAGGCAGUAGAUCUCAAGUGGUGGACUCUCCUUCUGUACCUGUCAAUCAUUAUUCCCCCAAUUCCCAUCAGCACAUAGACUGGAAAAACUAUAAGACUUACAAAGAGUAUAUUGAUAACAGGCGAUUGCACAUAGGCUGUCGGACAAUUCAGGAAAGAUUGGAUAGUUUAAGAGCAGCAUCUCAGAGCACGACAGAUUACAACCAGGUGAUCCCAACCCGCACUACUUUGCAGGUACGACGUCGAAGCACCUCUCAUGAUCGAGUGCCCCAGUCUGUUCAGAUCCGGCAGCGCAGCGUGUCCCAGGAGAGACUGGAGGACUCGGUGCUGAUGAAGUAUUGUCCAAGAAGUGCAUCUCAAGGCGCUCUGACAUCCUCAUCUGUUAGUUUUAGUAACCACAGAACUCGUUCCUGGGAUUACAUUGAGGGCCAGGGUGAAGCCUUAGAAAAUGUCAAUUCAGAAAAUCAAACACCUGAUUCCAAUGGAGAGCGGAAACAGACUUAUAAUUGGAGUGGGUUUACUGAACAGGACGAUAGACGGGGUAUUUAUGAAAGACCCAGGCAGCAAGAAAUUCAUAAAUCUUUCCGGGGUUCGAAUUUGACAGUGGCUCCAAGCAUUGUUAAUUCUGACAAUAGGAGAGUGAGUGGUAGAGGAGUCGGCUCUGUGUCACAGUUUAGAAAAAUUCCACCAGAUCUAAAACCACUGCAAUCCAACAGGAAUUUUCAAACUACCAGUGGAAUGUCACUCGCUCGGGGUAUUUCACAAGACAGAUCACCUCUCAUGAAAGUCCGAAGUAAUUCUCUGAAAGCGCCUUCUACCCAUGUCUCCAAACUUUCAUUCAGCCAGAACUCACUGGUUUCUAUCAAAGACCAAAGACCAGUAAACCACUUGCAUCAGAACAGUGUGUUGGGUCAGCAGACGUGGUUCAGAACUGAAAGCACCCCCAAUCACCAAGCGGAGACAGGGAAAUCCCUCUGUGUGUCUGGAGCUUCUGCAAAGCCUGGUCCUCAGAUGAAGGAGCACUUGGGUACUUCAGACUUAGAAUUAUCUGUCAGUCAAAGAAAUGACGAUUUAAAUUUACAAGAGGUUGAGGGUCAGCCCUCAAAUGCUUUAGAUAAUAAAGAACCUGUCAUCCUAAGAGAAAAACCUCCCUCCGGUCGCCAAACACCACAGCCUUUAAGACAUCAGUCUUACAUCUUGGCAGUAAAUGACCAGGAGACCGGGUCAGACACCACCUGUUGGUUGCCAAAUGAUGCUCGCAGAGAGGUCCAUAUAAAACGGAUGGAGGAGAGGAAGGCCUCAAGUACCAGUCCUCCUGGUGAUUCCUUGGCUUCCAUCCCAUUUAUAGAUGAACCGACUAGCCCUAGCAUCGACCACGACAUUGCACACAUCUCUGCCUCUGCUGUUAUCUCGGCCUCCACCUCUCAGGUCCCCUCUAUAGCAACAGUUCCUCCCAGCCUGACCACCUCAGCCCCUUUGAUCCGACGCCAGCUCUCGCAUGACCAAGAGUCUGUGGGACCCCCAAGCCUGGAUGCCCAGCCCACCUCAAAGACAGAAAGAUCAAAAUCAUAUGAUGAGGGUCUGGAUGAUUAUAGAGAAGAUGCCAAAUUAUCCUUCAAGCAUGUAUCUAGCCUGAAGGGAAUCAAGAUCCUAGACAGCCAGAAGUCAUCAGAAGACUCUGAAUCCAGAAAGGAUUCUUCCUCUGAAGUCUUCACAGAUGCUGCCAAGGAAGGGUGGCUCCAGUUUCGACCACUCAUCACCGACAAGGGCAAGCGAGUUGGUGGAAGUAUCCGGCCAUGGAAACAGAUGUAUGUAGUACUUCGGGGCCAUUCGCUUUACUUGUACAAGGACAAAAGGGAGCAGUUACCCCCGGCUGAGGAGGAACAGCCCAUCAGCGUCAAUGCUUGCCUCAUAGACAUCUCAUACAGUGACACCAAGAGGAAAAAUGUUUUUCGACUCACCACAUCUGACUGUGAAUGCCUGUUUCAAGCUGAAGACAGAGACGAUAUGUUAGCUUGGAUCAAGACUAUCCAGGAAAGUAGCAACCUAAAUGAAGAGGACACUGGAGUUACUAACAGGGAUCUAAUCAGUCGAAGAAUAAAAGAAUAUAACAGCCUGAUGAGCAAAGCAGAACAGUUGCCAAAAACACCUCGCCAGACUCUGAGCAUCAGGCAGACCUUGCUUGGUGCUAAAUCAGAGCAAAAGAGUCAAAGCCCACACUCUCCCAAGGAAGAAUCAGAAAGGAAACUUCUCAGUAAAGAUGAUACCAGUCCCCCAAAAGACAAAGGUACAUGGAGGAAAGGCAUUCCAAGCAUCAUGAGAAAAACAUUCGAGAAAAAACCUACCGCCACGGGAACAUUCGGGGUCAGACUGGAUGACUGCCCACCAGCACAUACGAACCGGUUUAUACCAUUAAUAGUUGACAUAUGUUGCAAAUUAGUUGAAGAGCGAGGUCUUGAAUACACAGGUAUUUACAGAGUUCCUGGGAAUAAUGCCGCCAUUUCAAGUAUGCAAGAGGAGCUCAACAAGGGAAUGGCUGAUAUCGAUAUACAGGAUGAUAAAUGGAGAGACUUGAAUGUGAUAAGUAGUUUACUAAAAUCCUUCUUCAGGAAACUCCCGGAGCCACUCUUCACAAAUGAUAAAUAUGCAGAUUUUAUCGAAGCCAAUCGUAAAGAAGAUCCUCUAGAACGACUAAAAACAUUAAAAAGACUAAUUCACGAUCUGCCUGAACAUCAUUAUGAGACCCUCAAGUUUCUUUCGGCUCAUCUGAAGACAGUGGCAGAAAAUUCAGAAAAAAAUAAGAUGGAACCAAGAAACCUAGCAAUAGUUUUUGGGCCAACACUUGUUCGGACCUCAGAAGACAACAUGACACACAUGGUCACGCAUAUGCCCGACCAGUACAAGAUCGUGGAGACACUCAUCCAGCACCAUGACUGGUUUUUCACAGAAGAAGGUGCUGAAGAGCCUCUUACCACAGUGCAGGAGGAAAGCACAGUAGACUCGCAGCCAGUGCCAAACAUAGAUCAUUUACUCACCAACAUUGGAAGGACAGGCGCCUCCCCGGGAGAUGUAUCAGAUUCAGCUACUAGUGAUUCAACAAAAUCUAAGGGUUCUUGGGGAUCCGGAAAGGAUCAGUACAGCCGGGAGCUCCUUGUCUCCUCCAUCUUUGCAGCUGCUAGUCGCAAGAGGAAAAAGCCCAAAGAAAAAGCCCAGCCUAGCAGCUCCGAGGACGAGCUGGACAAUGUCUUUUUUAAGAAAGAAAAUGCAGACCAGGGCCACCAGGAGAGUAAAGAAGAGCCCCCGAGAGAAAGCGAGACCCCAGGCAGAAAGCAGCGGAUCGUGGGUACCAAAGAGCAGAGCGCGAGGAGGGAGCCGGCAGCCAGGGAGGGGAGGGUGGCCGUGCGCCCGGAGCGUGCGCCCUCCGAGGAGCGUACCCCCAGGCCCGGCGGCCCGCCCGGACCGCCGCCGCCCCCCAAGGCCUCCCCGUGUGAGGACGCGGGGUCCGACGCCGGCACCUUGCCCCGCGCCGCUUCCCAGGCUCCCCUGGCCAGACUGGCCACCAAGAAACCCACCAGUCCCGACGCCAGACACGGUGAGCUUUUGGCCAACGUGGGCACCCUGCCCUCGGAUCACUCCACCCCGGUGUCGGCCGCCCCCGGCGUGACCAGCCUCGACUCCAGCCGGCUGAGCCCCGAGGUGCAGUCGGUGGCCGAGAGCAAGGGGGACGAGGCGGACGACGAGCGGAGCGAGCUGGUCAGCGAGGGGCGGCCGGUGGAGACGGACAGCGAGAGCGACUUCCCCGUCUUCCCCUCGGCCCUGGCCCCCGACCGGCUGCUGCCCCGAGGCCGCGGCCCGGAGUCGGCCAAGGGCGGCCGGAGGAACUCGGAGGGAAGCGAGGCGAGCUGCACGGAGGGCAGCUGGACCCCGAGCCUGGACAGCCGGCGCCAGCUCUUCAGCUCGCACAAGCUGAUCGAGUGCGACACCCUCUCCAGGAAGAAGUCGGCGCGGUUCAAGUCGGACAGCGGCGGCCUCGGGGAGCCCAAGGCCGAGCGGGACGCGCCCUCGGUCGCCAAAGUGUUCGAUGUCAUGAAGAAAGGGAAGUCCACCGGCAGCCUCCUGCUCACCCCGAGCCGGGGCGAGGCCGAGCCCACCUGGAGAACCAAGAUCGCCGAUCGCCUCAAACUCCGGCCCCGAGCACCCGCCGCCGAUGACAUGUUUGCCGUGGGAAACCCCAAGUCCGAGACUGGCAAGCGGAAAAACAUCAAGCGCCGCCACACCCUCGGGGGCCACCGGGACGCCACGGAAAUCAGUGUUCUGAACUUCUGGAAAACGCACGAUGCGAGCGGAGGGGAGCAGAGAGAACCGGAACUUUCAGCUGUGAAUCGGUUAAAACCAAAAUGUCCAGCCCAAGACCUGUCCAUCUCAGACUGGCUUGCCAGGCAGCGCCUCCGCACCAGCACCGGUGACCUGAGUCGGGGCGACCCGGAGAACCCCGGCCUCUUAGAGACGUCCAACCCCGACCCACCUUCCUCCAACCAGCCCCACGCCUCGGGCUCCCCUCCAGGGCCCAGGCCGUCUCUUUCCACCGCACCACAGUCACCUGACCAAAUAAACGGAGAAAGCGUCCAGAACAUGAGUCACCAUGCCAGUUCUGUAGCUGCUGUCUGUCCUCAUAAACUGGCCGACGCCCCCGGCACUAAAGCACAGAUUCAUCCCUGUCUUUAAGCUUCGGGGUGGGGGGUGAGAGGGGUUCCAGUCCAUCCUAGCAAAUAAAAAGCUACUGUUACAUGUUUCCUGUCACUCUGUAAAUAUUUUCUUGUACCAGAAUUGUUAUUAUUGCAGCCUUCAAUUGGGCUCGUUUCAUCAUCUUGCACUGUGAAAUAGCUUUACAGUGCAUUACUACAGCCAGAAGAACACACAUGUGUAUUUAAAAAUAUAUUGGAUAGUUGUAUAUUUGUUACAACUUACUACAUAGUGUAUACGCCCCGCCCCAAAUUACUGAAGAAGAUCGCCGGCAUUAUUAGUUCUUUGGUUUUCAUCACUAACAAAAGUGCCUCAUCAUAAAAGUACAUUUGAUUUUUUUUUAGGGUGCCAUAUUGUUAAAACAAAAACAACAACUUCUAUCACUUACCUGGAAUUUUUUUAAAAAAUGCAUCUUUCUCGGUAACGAAUUUCAUGCCAUUGACCAGUUUUAACACAGGUGGAUGCAGAACUUUCAUUCUUGUCAUUCCUGGUGGAUCUGAGUUUUAUAUUCAAACUUUUAAUACAGUUGAGUUUUGUGUGACUUGAAUUUUUAAUCUUUCUGUAAAAUACGUAACUUAAUGAACAUAUUCUAUGUGUAUCUUUUCUUCAGAUACCAGAUUUGAUAUAAAUGUUGUAACAUAGGUGUGUAGAUAGUGGGUCCUGGAUGGAACUGGCCUCUUACCGAGAAUAUAAUUCUGCAUGAGGACGUAAUGAAUCAAACCUGUGUCAUGCCUGUGUGCACAAGCAAUUAAACACUGGAAAUAAAAAUUGUUUUGGUGAA